UGUGCGACCGGUCUGCGUGUAUGUGUUGUGUGUCCGAGGUGUUGUUUCGUGUUAUCUUUCUUCGUCGAGAUGUUCUAGAGUGUCGGAUAGGCAUGUGCAGCUAUCGAGAGAAGUAUAGUUGACGUCUAAACUGAAAUUAGCCCCGAAGUGAACGAGCAGCGUCGACGCCAUCAUCAUCACUAGAGCCUGAAAUAUGUGUUAGAUGGAUAAAGGAAUGGAUAUCCCGUCUCUACCAAACGUUUCUAUCAAGCUGUUGCAGUCCCGUCUUUCAGGUUAGACCACAAAUGCCUGUUGCUAAUUAAAUCGUAUGGAUGCGAUCGAGAUGAGGUUACUGACCAAUUUAUGCACGCUAGCAUCGACUGCUAUGGCCACAUCUGAAGCUAGCUGAUUCUUCUUUCGAAGUGUCAGGUAUGAAGAAACAAAACGUUCGUACUUUAUCGCUUAUAGUCUGUACAUUUACGUAUUUGUUAGUUGGAGCGGCCAUAUUCGAUGCCUUGGAGUCCGAAAAUGAAGAUAAACAACGCGCAGCAUUACAGAAUAUAGAAGAGAUGUUGAUGAGGAAAUAUAACAUUAGUCACGACGAUUAUAAAAUUUGGACAACAGUUAUUAUUAAAAAUGUGCCACACAAAGCUGGGAUUCAGUGGAAGUUUGCAGGAGCUUUUUACUUCGCUACAACCGUCCUCACAACGAUUGGUUACGGCCAUUCUACUCCUGCAACUUUAGGAGGGAAGACAUUUUGUAUGUUCUACGCCUUGGCAGGAAUUCCACUCGGCCUGGUGAUGUUCCAGAGCAUCGGAGAACGAUUAAACACAUUCGUGGCCUACUUAUUGAAACACGGGAAAAGGUGCCUCAAAAUGAAAAACACUGAUGUGUCAGAGACUAAUUUAAUAUGUUUAGUUUCAAUUCUAUCGACAAUAGUUAUGACUACAGGUGCGGCUGCUUUCUCCACAUACGAACAUUGGGAUUAUUUCGAUUCGUUUUAUUACUGUUUCAUCACUCUAACUACCAUAGGUUUCGGCGAUUACGUAGCAUUGCAGAAAGAAAGUGCACUGCAAAGGAAGCCCGAGUACGUUGCCUUCAGCUUAGUUUUCAUCCUUUUCGGAUUAUCCGUAGUUUCCGCAGCAAUGAACCUCUUAGUUUUGAGGUUCAUGACCAUGAACACAGAAGACGAGAGAAGGGAUGAGGCGGAGGCUCAAUCGGCCGCUCAAGAGGCGGUACGUUUAGAAGGUGACGUUAUAACGGCUAAUGGUAGCAUUAUAUCGGGACAAGGGCCCGAAACAUCCGAUAGUGACGAUAUAACGUCGGUUUGUUCGUGUACGUGUUACAGCCACAGGAGGACGCCUAAAUCUAAGUAUUCGUUUAGGAAAUCACCUACGAAGGCAUCGCAUCUUUUACCAAUGCACAUUCUUAGCACUUCGGAAACUCGAGAAGACAUAUUGAAUUCCAUACACGCAGAUACAACUCUGUUUUUUCAAAGUGAUGAUCCCAGGCAGAAGCGUGCGUCGAUUUGACCUUCUCACUAGGAAUAAAGGAGGAAUGAUAUUUCGUGUAUUGCCUUACAUGGUUCGUGGACCCUUCUAAAUCCCUUUACAACUUCAUUGUUUAAUUUAAUUUCAUUUUAAUCCCUUAUUAAUUCCUUUCGUUCGCUCUUGUUUAUUUACGAUCUUCUCAACCGACGUACUCUUACUCUUAAGGAAGAAGUUAGAUUAAACAUUUUAUAUCAUUUAGGGUCACAAAACGAAGGAAUUAGUUUAGGAUCAUGCUUUAAAAUCUUAAUAUUGAGACUAUAAUAAAACAAAGGACAUUUUUGCCUCUAACAAGAGGAAGUUUUCUAUACUAAUAACAUCAUUUAGAAUCAAGAGAAGUGCAUGAAAGUUUCAGUUCCUUUUUUCUAAUCAAUGCAUUGAAGUGAAAACAUAAAAUAAGAAAAAAUACAUUUUUUUGGGCUACGAUUUCCACUUAUUCCUAAUGAUAUUAUAUAUAAAAAUAUCACUAUUUCGGGUUACUUUUUUAUAUAAAAUAAACAUAUAAUAAAAUUAAUAU